GGUGUUUCAAAAUGUUUAAUUAACAAAACAUUACUUAUGUAUUCGAGAAGCCGAAAACAUUUUCUUAUCAAGUCUGAAAAAUGCAGUCAUUAAAAGCUGAAGAUCUCCCGGAGAAUCCGAGAGAGCGAUCGAACAUUUUUUCGAUAUUAACUUAUUGGUAUACUAUACCCAUUUUUAAAAAGGGUCGCAAAGUCACGCUGGAGACAAAGGACCUUUACAGGGCCUUGAAAGAACACAAGUCGGAGACCCUCGGCAACAAAUUAGCCACUGCCUGGGAAAGGGAGCUGGAGACCCACAAGGACAAGGCCAGCUUGCUGAGGGUUCUCCUCCAGGUAUUUGGCUGGAAUUUCGGUCUGCUUGGCCUGGUGCUCUUUAUCACGGAGGUCAUUGCAACUGCACAACCCACUUUUCUGCUGAAGCUUAUCUCUUCCUUUGCCUACGGAUCGGAGGCCAUUGAGCCAGCGUAUGCCUAUGCGGCUUUGAUGAUAUUGUGCUCCGCCCUCAACAGCAUGAUCAAGCACCCUUACUCGUUUGCCAUCACUCAUCUAGGCCUCAAGAUUCGGGUGGCUUUGAGCAGCCUUGUCUACCGUAAGAGCCUGCGACUGAGCAAGACGGCUUUGGGCGAAAUAUCUGCCGGGCACAUAAUCAACCUAAUUUCCAACGACCUGGGCCGCAUGGACACCUUCAUUCAGUUUACCCACAGCCUUUGGUUGGCCCCACUUCAGACGCUAGUGGUUACAUAUCUCAUGUACCAAAAGAUUGGAGUCGCCGCCGUGCUCGGCAUGUCCUUCAUGCUGCUGUGCAUACCCCUGCAGAUGUAUUUGAGCAAAAAGAUAUCAGUGCUGCGACUGCAGACCGCUCUUCGGUCGGACAAACGAAUGCGGCUGAUGACCGAGAUCAUUUCCGGCAUGCAGGUCAUCAAAAUGUACGCCUGGGAGCUGCCCUUCGAGCGGUUGGUUUCCCACGCCCGCAGGAAGGAGAUCAACACCAUGCGGCACGUGGCCUACAUAAAGGGCACCCUCUUGUCCAUCAACAAGUUCCUCUCUCGCGUGUCCAUCUUCCUCAGCCUGGUGGGGUUUGUGCUGCUGGGCCAGUUCCUCACGGCGGAAGUGGCUUUUCUGAUAACCGCAUACUACAACGUCGUGAACAUAAACAUGACUUCCUUUUUCCCAUUGGGAAUGACGCAGACGGCGGAGACCCUGGUUUCCAUUAAACGUUUGCAGACGUUUUUGCAAAGUGCUCAGGACAAAGCCUCGGAGAGCAGAUUAGAAAAUGCCAAAGCUGAAAAAGAUAACCAAGAGGCUGAGGAAAAACUCUUAGGAAGGACUAGUGCCAUCAUAACAGCCGUAGAACCGCUUCAUUCGAAGGCGCGAUUGUCCAUAAGUGGACUGAGAGCCAAGUGGGAUGCCAACGCGCCGGACUACACACUUAGCUGGGUGGAACUGCAGGUCCCUCCCGGCACUUUGGUGGCCAUUGUGGGUCACACUGGCUCCGGGAAAUCAAGCCUGAUCCAAGCCAUUCUGGGAGAGUUGCGCGCGGAAUCUGGCGAGAUCAAGAUCAAUGGAUUGAUGUCCUAUGCCUCCCAAGAGCCAUGGCUUUUCUCCGGCACCGUGCGUCAGAACAUCCUCUUUGGCCAGCCAAUGGACCGUCGGCGGUACGAUGCGGUGGUGAAGGAAUGCGCCCUGGAGCGAGACUUUGAGCUACUUCCUCUCAAGGACAAAACCAUAGUUGGAGACCGCGGAGCUUCCCUGUCCGGCGGCCAGAAGGCGAGAAUUAGUUUGGCCAGGGCUGUCUACCGGCAGGCCUCAAUCUACUUGUUCGACGACCCACUCAGUGCGGUGGACUCCAAUGUGGCCCGCCAUCUCUUCGAGCACUGCAUGCGGGGCUACCUGCGGGAUCGCAUCAUCAUUCUGGCCACCCAUCAGCUACAGUUCCUGCAGCAAGCCGAUCAAAUAGUGAUCAUGGAUAAGGGCCGCGUCAGUGCUUUGGGCACCUAUGAGGAGCUUGUAAAGUCGGGCGCGGACUUUGGCAGCAUUCUAGUUGAGCCAAAAAGUCAAGAGGAAGCGUUGGAGGAGAGCUCGAGCACCUCCAGUAUCAUCGAUCACCGACGCAGCAGUGUGAAAUCUGCCCUGUCCAAUGCGGAAUCCUGUCCAGAGAAUGCCCCGAAGGAACAGGUGAUCAACCUUGAGCGGAAAGAGGCGGGUCGCAGUGUUCUGGCAGUGGGCAUCGAUUACUUUAGGGCAGGAGGCGGACUCCUCCCCUUCGUCGUGAUGAUAAGCUUCUUCUUGGGCUCCCAGGGCCUGUCCUCGCUUGGAGACUACUUUCUGUCACCCUGGCUCUCGAAGAAUGCAGACAGUUCUAAGGGCUCGGGUGAUGUCAUGCACGACACCUACAUAUUUAUGCUGAUUACAGUGUUAACCGUUGUGGUGACCGUGAAGAGAUCCUUUUUGUUCUUCAAAUUUGCGAUGAAGGCCUCUGUUCAGUUGCACAACGCCAUGUUUCGGGGCGUUUGUCGAGCGUCCAUGUACUUUUUCAACACGAACCCUUCGGGUGGUAUCCUUAACCGGUUCUCCAAGGACAUGGGCCAAGUGGAUGAGAUGCUGCCCACUAUAAUGAUGACCGUCAUCCAGGACUUCCUCGCUCUCGCCGGCAACAUGGUGGUCAUAUCCAUUGUCAAUCCUCUGUUCCUCUUGCCUGCCCUCGCAAUUGGUGUGGUCUUCUAUCACAUGCGCUCGUUUUACCUUAAAACUUCAAUGGAUGUUAAACGUUUGGAAGCCAGUAAUCGAACACCGGUUUACUCGCAUUUAGCUGCCUCGCUUAAUGGUCUCUCGACCAUUCGCGCCUUUGGUGCUGAGAGCAUCUUGGAGGCGGAGUUCGAUGGUUACCAGGAUAUGCAUAGCUCCGCUGCCUACAUGUUCAUUAGCACCGCGCGCGCGUUCGGUUAUUGGAUGGACAUGUUCUGUGUGCUCUAUAUAGCGAGCGUCACUCUCGGUUUUUUCUUCUUUCCGCCUGCCAGUGGAGCCGAUGUUGGUCUGGCCAUAACCCAGGCCAUGAGCCUGAUGGGCACAGUACAGUGGACUGUCCGCCAGUCGGCCGAGUUGGAGACCACAAUGAUUUCCGUGGAGAGAGUGCUUGAGUACGAGGACAUUGAGCCAGAGGGAGCCCUGGAAGCCCCGGCGGACAAGAAGCCACCCCAAUCCUGGCCAGAGGAUGGUAAAAUAGAGUUUGAGGAGCUGAGUUUGCGUUACACCCCGGAUCCCAAGGCUGAGAACGUGCUCAAGUCACUAAGUUUCGUGAUCAAGCCAAGGGAAAAGAUAGGCAUCGUAGGACGCACUGGCGCGGGCAAGUCCUCGCUGAUAAACGCCCUCUUCCGACUGUCCUACAACGAUGGAUCCAUCCUGAUAGACCAGAGGGAAACUACUGAGAUGGGUCUGCACGACCUGCGUAGCAAGAUCUCGAUCAUCCCCCAGGAACCAGUUCUGUUCUCCGGCACAAUGCGUUACAAUUUGGAUCCCUUCGACCAGUACAGUGAUGAGAAGCUGUGGCACUCCUUGGAGGAGGUGAAGCUUAAGGAUGUGGUGGCCACUUUGCCAACUGGCUUAGAGACCAAAAUCACCGAGGGAGGAUCCAACUUUAGCGUGGGUCAGCGACAGUUGGUCUGCUUGGCACGGGCCAUUCUGCGGGACAAUAGAAUCCUCGUGAUGGACGAGGCCACGGCCAAUGUGGAUCCCCAGACGGACGCUCUGAUACAGACCACCAUUCGGAACAAGUUCAGGGAAUGCACCGUCCUGACGAUAGCUCAUAGAUUGCACACCAUAAUGGACGUGGACAGGGUAUUGGUCAUGGAUGCUGGACGAGCUGUGGAGUUUGGGACGCCCUAUGAACUUCUGACCGCGGCAGAUUCUAAGGUGUUCCAUGACAUGGUCAAACAGAUGGGACAGGCCUCGUACGACGGCCUUCAGAAGGUAGCUCAAAAAGCCUUCGAAAAUGCGCAGAAUCUGGAUAGAAGCCUUUCUUCUUAGGUACUUUUGUCCGUUCAAUUAAAUUAAUACGUAUGCCCACUCAUAGGCUUAAUUUAGUUUGAGAUGUAGUUAUUUUUUGGUAAUAACUAGGAUCGAGAUGUAUUUUUUUUAUCAGAUUUAUCAUCUUUAAACACAUAUAAAGUUUUCCCAUCAUUUUGUGUCGUAAACAUAAAGAUAAGUCGAGGGCAAACAGCAAAUAUUUGAUAAAUCUAACAUUCACGAAAAGAAAAGAUGUAAUUUCUUAUCAACUAACUCAUAAUCUAGCCAUUUUUUACUAAACAUUUGUUAUCUAGAAAUAUGUUAAUCGCUGCGAGACUUCCCGGUACCCCUGCACUUACAUAGAAAAAUACCGGGAAGUUUCGCAGCGAUUAACAUAUUUCUAGAAUGGUUGUAAAUUUAAUUA